AUGGACACGCCGACUCCUGAGUUGGGCUUCGAAGAAGUCAUAAAUCAUAUAUUGAACGAGAUCGACGCCAUGAAAUUGGACGAGCAACGAGACCCCCAGUCCGAGAAGCAACGUAUCCAAGAACUUGUUUAUUUUGUCGAUGUUCAUCCCCACGAGAUGAUUGACGAAGACGGCACAAUUCUUCACCAAUUUCUUCGCGAUAUCAACAGAGCAGACAAUUGUCCUGUGGAGGUCCUGAACACCAUUCUCAAAAUUGCACCGCAAGCUAUUCUGAUGGACUUUGGUGGCAACAUUCCGCUGCUUGAAUUCAUCAGGAGACGCUCACGAAGAAUGAUUCGUAUUGUCAUCGAAUUUAUGGCACGGGACAUGAAGAACCGCAACUUAGCUUCGCUGGCCGAAGAAACUCUUGGCUUCGUUGAAACCUGGUUUGAAGACAACGAACAGAAUCCCGAUACCAUGGAACCUGGCCGCGCCAUUAUUCGAGCUGCUUUCAACUUCAAUGAGAGACCCAACGAGUUGCUCCCGGUCGAUAUUGAUCUUCUAGAGAUUCUUGUCAAUCUCACAGCUCCAGAGAUGCUUUGUAAAACUGGCAAUGGAUUGAGCCCGCUGGAGCAAGCUUUGCGUUUCGACUUGUGUAUCAGCAAUCCCGAACGUCAACUAGCACUCGUGAUGCUGAUUCUGGACAAAUGCCCCAAAAGCAUCCAUGAUUUUGUGACCAAGGAGGUCAGACUUCAGCCGUGGAAAGCGGACAGCUCUACUCCUCAGCCUGAGUACAGCGUCUAUAGAUGGCAUGUUGCCACCAAAGAAUUUUGGCAUCAUCAGUAUUCCCAACCAAUGCGUACAUCUACGCCAACGCAACUGGAUUCUGCUAAACGACCAGCCGCCUCUGAAUUCGCGAGCGAAAGGCGCCUUGAGGGAACACAAUCCAAGUCCGUGUUGGUGGGAAAAGACAACGGUGUUGUUUCGCCUUCCCAAAGCUCUUUUGCAAUUUCAAAUCUUAAUGCUGGCAGAACGGGAAACCCAAGCAUGUUAAAGCCUAACCGACCCUCCGUCAUCACCGGAUCGGUUAUUGAUCAGUCGCCCUUUCGGGAAGCGCGAGGAAAAGAAGGAAAGGUUUCACGUCGUCUAUUUAUGCGUAACGGAGGUGCUUCCAAUCGAAAAAAGCCCAAGGAGAUACGUGUCACGAAGCAAGAUGUUGAGGCUGCAGACAAGGCUAGUAAAGUAAUCUGUAAGGAGCUGGGAGUCCGCUUUUUGCGGUCGACGGUUUUCCACGAUGACGAGAAGAAGACUACGUUCCGAGAGAUCGACAAUGAGAUCCAGCAGUUUUUCGGAAAUCACGAGCAGCACUAUUAUUUCGCAAUGGAUACGGCUAAAGAAUACCGAGAUAUGACAGAGGCCCAAGUGAGGAGCUAUUUCGGCAAAAGGGAUCAUUACCACACUCUCCGCCAUGUGUUUCUUCAGCCGGCUACGAUUCUUCUCGAGAAUGACCAGAAAACCCCCUCUGGUUCAUCACGCUACACAGAUCACCUUCAAUUCUUUCGCUGGUUCAGGGAGUGGGGUGUACGCAAGAUUUACAAAGUUGUCGUUUAUGACGGCGACCAUCCUCACCGAGACGAAGAGAUUGAAACGGCUCUAGCGGGUAUUGUGCACGGAAAAAAGGUUCAUCCAUCUUUUGAUGUGGAGGUGCUCGACUGGCACAAGGAAGAUCUUUGCCCCCAGGUGAUUCAAACGGCGACGCCGCAGGUACGCGAGCUUCACCUGCAUUGGAGCGGGCGAAACUCUGUCCUACGCGGCUGGAGCGAGCCCGAGGCACUACCAGCACUUCAAUAUCUGGAAAAGGUGUAUAUCUACUACGUGGCGUCCUCGAUCGAGGAAAGCCGCAUAAGGAUUAACAUUGAGAGCUUCUCCAGGCGCAUAGAGCAGCCGCGGGGACGGCCGACGAAGAUGGUAGAGACGAAUAAGGAUUCCACCAAGGCUCAAAUGCCGGUGAAAGAGCAGUUACCCAGGCGGCCCACGAUGACCCAAGAAUAUGGGUAUUCCGAAGACUCGAAGGGCCUACCAACCAUUGAAGUUGUGGAUAUGGGCAGAGUUACGACGACAGGCGCAUCUGGAUCCGAGCGCACUCCGGGUUCUGCCUUAGAAUCUUUUGAGCAGCCGUGGUUCAAGUACGUGGAGGAAUUUGUUUCUAUUAUUCCAACACCGGAGGAACUGCCAGACUAUGACUUUAAGGAUCCGCACUUGCGUCGAGUAAGAGUUGCAUUGAUCGACGACGGUGUUGAUCUCUUCAGUAAAAGUAUGCGGAGUCUAGAGUCGCGCUUCUUGGAGGGCCGUAGCUUCGACCAGACGCCUGAUGGACCAAACCCGGUUUAUUCGUCUGUCAGUGGACAUGGCACGUUCAUGGCAAAGUCAAUUCUCCGCAUCUGCCCAUUCGCAGACAUCAUACCCUAUCGUUUGAAGACCGUCCGAGACGCAACAAGCAACCGGCGACUACCUGAUGCGAGCAGUGCAGCCAAGGCUAUCAGAGAGGCCAUAGAACAAGACGUCGACAUCAUCAGCAUGUCUUGGACCAUCCGGAACGACAACAACAAGAUUCCAGAGACCACCCUCAUGGAGCUGCGCAAUGCCGUGAGCACGAGUGAGGGCACCGGUCGUCCCCGCCGUCGCAUACCCAUCAUGUUCUGCGCAGCGAGCGACGAUGGAAAUCGAGCACGCAGCCAGCACGGUAGAGGAGAGUUCCCGCGGGAAAUCAACAACGCCAAAGUGUUUUGCAUUGGCGCUGCUGACCCGCACGGUCAGGUCUGGCCAGAAGUCACCGACCAAAACGGGCUGAACCACCUAUUUCCGGGUGUGGAUAUCAAGGACGUUUUUGACGAUGACGCCCAUGAAAACGGUACCAUGUCAGAGGCUUUGGGCCCUCAAAUCAGCGAUCUCGUGAGUAGGAAUGGGCAUACAGGCUCGUCAGUUGCCACGGCCCUGGCAGCUGGGCUCGCGGCGCUCCUCAUCCACUGCACCAAGUUGGGACAUCACUAUACAAAUACGUGUAAAGGUCCUGAGGCCCACCGCUCCGAAACAAUCACCCAACAAUUCGUCGAUCAGAUUGCAACGUAUGAGGGCAUGCAAAGCGCGCUGGAUAAUCUGAGUUCGGGUAGUCGAAGUGGGACAAAGUUCGCGAAUCCGAGCAAGGAAUUCGCGCGUGCUAUCCAGGACCUGAGGAAGUACGAUGGCUUCCUCGGCCUCUGGCGAUUCAGGGCGCCAAUAACCGUUAUCAAUGUUCACAGCUCAUAG